GUUCAAAACAUGAUGUGGUCGAGGCCAUGGACCAUGGAUGUACUAUAUUAACCAUGGACUUGUAAUUCAUUUACUGGAAAUAUAAUUUAACACCUUUACUUGAAACAUUUUCUUUCAGUAUAAUAUUUGACGGCUGAGCCAGCAGACAUCUUAGGACUUAGGGGCGUGUAAAGGCUCAUCAUGCUGCUUCACCUCAUGUGUUUCUUUUUAGCAUGUUGUUACCCCGCAGAAUCAAAGAGAAGAAAUGUUCUUCUAAUAAUCGCGGAUGACGCAGGCUUUGAAACGGAGGUGUACAACAACUCGGUGGUCCACACCCCCCAUCUGCACUCUCUGGCCCAGCGCAGCCUGGUGUUCAAAAACGCCUUCACGUCAGUCAGCAGCUGUUCCCCCAGCCGCUCGACCAUCCUCACCGGCCUGCCACAACAUCAAAACGGUAUGUAUGGGCUUCAUCAAGGGGUUCAUCACUUCAACUCCUUUGAUGGAGUACAAAGUCUGCCGCUGCUCCUCAGUCAGGCCGGCAUAUUCACAGGUAUAAUUGGAAAGAAGCACGUUGGCCCUGGAUCUGUGUACCCUUUUGAUUUUGCCUACACAGAAGAAAAUAACUCUGUUCUCCAAGUCGGGAGAAACAUCACCCGAAUCAAACUCCUGGUUCGAAAGUUUUUCCACACUCUGAAAGAGAAAGCUUUCGAGCGAAGACAAGGGAAAGGAGAGAAAGGAGAGAAAGAGCCCAACAGUGGGAAUGUGAGAGAGGAGGAGGAGGAUCCAUUUUUCCUUUAUGUUGCCUUCCACGACACACAUCGAUGUGGUCAUUCACAGCCGCAGUAUGGAGCUUUCUGCGAGAAAUUUGGGAAUGGAGACAUGGGAAUGGGAAGAAUCCCCGACUGGACGCCAGAAUAUUACACCCCAGAACAAGUAAAGGUUCCUCCCUUUGUCCCGGACACACCUGCAGCACGAGCCGACUUGGCUGCGCAGUACACCACAGUUAGCCGACUGGAUCAGGGUAUUGGGUUGGUUAUCCAGGAGCUCAAAGACGCCGGUUAUGACAAUGACACUCUGAUCAUCUACAGCUCUGAUAACGGCAUCCCCUUCCCAAAUGGAAGAACAAACUUGUAUCACUCAGGGACGGCAGAGCCCAUGCUGGUGUCGUCUCCGGAGCACAGGGAGCGCUGGGGAGACUCCAGCCCGGCCUACGUCAGCCUGCUGGAUAUCACCCCCACCAUUCUGGACUGGUUCUCCAUUUCCUACCCACCCCACAGCCUUCCUGGCAGCCCUGCCGCGCCGAUCCAGCUCACUGGUCGCUCCUUGCUGCCCGCUUUAGUUACUGAACCCAGCAACUGGUACACAGUCUACUCCAGCCAGUCCCUUCAUGAGGUAACCAUGUACUACCCGAUUCGAUCUGUCCUCCAGGGGGCGUUUCACCUUCUUCACAACCUCCACUACCGCAUGCCCUUCCCCAUCGAUCAAGAUCUGUACGUGUCCCCCACCUUUCAGGACCUGCUGAACCGCACAAGAACGCAGCAGCCAACACACUGGUUCAAAAGCCUUGAUCAGUAUUACUACAGAGAGCGCUGGGAGCUGUACGACACCAGGGCAGACCCACUGGAAACAAGGAACCUGGUGUCGGACCCGUCCUACAGCGCCGUGCUGCAGAGCCUGAGGCAGCGUCUGCAGAAGUGGCAGUGGGAGACAGGAGACCCCUGGGUCUGUGGACCGGACUACGUCCUGGAGGACAAACUGGAGCCACACUGCAGACCGCUCUACAAUCGUCUCUGAUAGACUCUAAUUUACUCCUCAGAAAGAAGACUUAUUUGUAUUUAUAUUUUUUAAUUCAGUGUUGCUUUUAAAGUUCAAAAAUAAACAAUAUAAGUUGACUAGAUUCAUGACAUUUCUUCAGUACAUCCUUUUAUCUUUCUGUUGCUUAACAAGUUCAUCAUUGUAGUCCGAUAUUUUUCUCCAGUGGAUACUUUUAAAUGUACACUUUACACCUUUCUAUGGGUGCCGUGAGGGACAUAAUUCUGAAUUAGCGUUCAUAAACACAUAUGAAAUCCAACUCUUUUAAACACUAUACUGAAAACCUCUCACACUCACUUGUGAAAUCUCUCAUACACACAGGUGAAAUGCUCUUAUACAUACAACUGGAAAUGUAUCCACUCAUAGAUACUACUGAAACGCUCUCACACAAACUAGUGAAAUCUGCUCAUACAGUUGAAAAUGUUUCACUGGUGAAAUUCUCUCACAAACACAACUGAAAAUUUCAGUUGAAACGGAAGUGGGUUGUAUGUCUGAUAUAUAUUUGGUGUGA